UGAAGUCCGCUUGCUCUUCUUGCCUCUCCUCGCUCUUAGGAACCCGACGGCGCCUCCCUCUCUUCACCCCUCCAUUGGCUCGCACGCUUUCUCCCCUAAAUUUCCACCAGCUUGAUAAUUUCCUUUCCGAGCUUCGAAUUCUCGACCGAAUUCCAAUUCCCGAAGCUCGGAUUGGGUAGUUUCUUGCGACGAUCCGAGUAUAAUUGAAUCAAAAGGAGGUAGAUCUCUUGCUCUAGAUGGGUAUUCGCUCCAGUUGAGGCAAAAGAUCCCUCUUUUCCUCUUAUUUCCACCGAUAGCAGUGGUUUCAAGGGUUUCAGGCCCGGGUUUCACCAAGCUAGAAGGGUUUGGCCAUGGAGUACGAUCCUUCUGAUAGCAGCGGUACUGAUGAUGAUCUUCCACCAUCACAUCAAAAUCGGAGUGCAAGAGGGGGGCGUAUAAAUGGGAAUGGAAGAGCUGCUGUUGGUGCUUUUCCAUACACAAGGCCUCAGAAUGAUAUGGAGAGUGAAAUACAUAGACUUGAGCAAGAAGCAUACAGUUCAGUUCUUCGGGCAUUUAAGGCUCAAUCUGAUGCCAUUACUUGGGAGACGGAAAGUCUCAUUACUGAACUGAGGAAAGAGUUGAGAGUAUCUGAUAAGGAACAUAGGGAGUUGUUAAGCAGAGUCAAUGCAGAUGACAUCAUCCGGAGAAUAAGGGAGUGGAGACAGGCAGGUGGGCUUCAGUCUAGUUUGCACAAUAAUGCUCAACCUGUUCAUGACCCAGCACCGAGUCCAACAGUUUCGGCUUCACGGAAGAGACAAAAAACAUCUCAUUCAAUACCUUCCCAAUCAUUGGGUGCACCAUCCCCAGCUCUGCACUCACAACCAGUUGCUUCCCUUCAGCCAUCAUCAUCAGGUGCAAAGUGGGGAGUUAUAGCAGGAACCAAGGGCAAGAAGCCAAAACCAUACCCUUCUACAGGUCCAAGUGGAAGGGGCCAGGUAACAAACAGGAAUUCUUCUGGUGCUCUUGCAACAACUGAACCUGCUGAAGCUCCAGCAUAUGAUCCACUAAUUGGGCGGAAGGUCAUGACGAGGUGGCCUGAAGAUAAUAACUUCUACAAGGCUGUUAUAACGGACUAUAAUGCUCGUGAGGAUUUACAUGCUCUGGUUUACGAUAUGAACACAAAGAAUGAAACAUGGGAAUGGGUCAACCUCAAAGAGAUUCCUCCUGAAGACAUCCGAUGGGAAGGUGAGGAUCCCGGCAUCUCGAGUCGAGUGGGUCAGGGUGGACCAAGCCCGAGGACUAAGAAGCCUACAGGUGGCAAUGGGGCCAUUCCAGGUGCAGGCAGGGGAAGAGGGUUGUCAAAGAAUUAUUCAAAGAAAGAUUUUGCCGCAGCACAAAAUGGCAUUGGGAAGAAGGCAUCUGAUAACAUAGAAAUACUUCACACAGAAACUCUCCUAAAGGAGCAGGUGGAGAGGGUAUUUGGUGCAAAUCAUCCGGAUCCUCUUGAAAUUGAAAAGGCAAAGAAAAUGCUGAAAGAGCACGAGCAAUCACUAAUUGAUGCGAUUGCAAGGCUCGCUGAUGCUUCCGACGGUGAAAGUGAAGAGGGGGAGGACCCGUUCUCGCAUGGAAGAUUGAUGGACCGGGGCCAGGGGUGGAAAAAUAGGCAUCAUACUACAAAUCGGCGUGGACCUAAUUGCGAGGACGCAGGUGGGGGAGACCUGGAAGGUCCUUACGGCGAUCGCAUGGCUGGGGAUGGCGUUGCCUCAGACUAUCAGCGAGAUGGUGAUGAGUUCGUAUGACAUCUAACAUGUGCUUGCUCACGCAGCCAAUCAGCUGCAAGCUUAAGGCUACGAAGACCUCAGGGUGGUACAAAAUGGCACACGCUAAGAGCUGCUCUCACUACAAUGCUUGGCAGACCACUACAAUGAUUUUUUCAAGGCACCCCCACGUAUGCCUUCAGGGAGGCUUAUUUUCACAGUUUCACACCCCUUCCAAUACAAUGUGCCGGGGGAAGCCAGCAUGGAGCUGUAAAAUUAUUCAUUGAAUAUUAAUGAAUAUCGAAUGGUUUGUGAUGUUGUUUAUUGUAUUGAAGUCGAAGAUUUUUUUCUCACAUGAAUUGAGUUUGUGAUGCUGCAGUGUUUGUCGAAAUAAAUGGGAAUGUAGACAAUCUUGAUUCGAAACUUUGAGAAUGCUUACUAGCUGUUACAAGCA